AAAACGGGUUUAAUUUCCUCAGCCGCCCUUUCACAUCUGUCGACUCUCUCUAUCUUCAGUACAUCUCCGUUGCUGCUCACGCUCGUCGCCUCUCACGCCCGUCGCUACUAUGAAGACUCCAUGACUCCAUAGCCUCCUUCUACCCAGAGCUUUGCUGACGUGAGAAAAUGAGUCGUCUCCCAAUUGUUUUGAGAACGCGAAGGCGGUUUCGCAUGAUCACAAUUAUGUGUGCCAUGGCUAUGGCUAUGUUGGAAUUAAUUACAUUGUGGUAUUACUUUAUUACUCUUUAUAAGACAUUGAAGAGGCGUAGUCUAAGAGAUGCAACUGAAAAAUCAAUGUCUAGAAUUAAAUAUAUAUUCUCACUUAUUGGGGAAAGUGAUAGAUAUUGUAGGAGUGAACUUCGAAUGAAUAGACACUCAUUUGAUAUAUUAUGUGAGAUGGUUACUGAUGUUGGUGGUUUAAGAGGUACUAGGAACAUGUCAAUACAAGAGAUUGUUGCUAUGUUUCUUUACAUAUUGGCUCAUCAUAAGGAAAAUAGGACAAUAGCACGUGACUUUUUAAGGAGUGGAGAAACUGUAAGUCGUCAAUUUAAUCGGUGUUUAUUAGCUGUGUUGAAGUUGCAUGGAGUGUUGCUUAAAACUCCAGAGCCAAUUACGGAUAAUUGCAAAGAUGAUAGGUGGAAGUGCUUUAAGGUAAACUAUUAGGUUUUUUUAAUACUAGUUUUAUUUCUUUUCUUAAAAUGUGUAAACUAAUUAGCUUUUUUGCUGAAUUUAUAGUUUUAGAAUUGUCUAGGUGCUUUAGAUGAAACUCUAAUUAGAGUUACACCCCCAUUUGAUGACAAAUCAAGGUAUCGAACUAGGAAAGCUAGUUUGGCAACAAAUAUGUUAGGGGUUUGUACACCUAGUAUGGAAUUUAUAUAUGUUCUACCUGGUUGGGAAGGUUCGGCACAUGAUGGACGUGUACUUCGAGAUGCUAUAUCUAGAACUAAUGGCCUUAGAGUCCCUCAAGGUUGUUAUUAUUUGGUUGAUGCCGGUUAUUGCAAUGCUAAGGGAUUCCUAGCUCCAUAUCGAGGGCAACGCUAUCACUUGAAUGAGUUUCAUGGUAGACAACCACAAUUUGCAGAAGAGUAUUUUAAUAUGAAACAUUCUAGAGCUAGAAAUGUCAUAGAGAGAUGUUUUGGACUCCUUAAGGGAAAAUGGAAGAUUCUUGCAUCUCCUUCAUUUUUUCCAAUCAAGACUCAAGUGAACAUCAUUAUAGCUUGUUGUCUCCUACAUAACUUAAUUAGAAGGAACACAAUUAUAGAAGAAAGAGAGGAAGAUGUGAUCGAGGAUCUAGAAGCUUCAAAUAAUGAAACUGACGAUGAGGAGGAUGAAGUGGAAUAUGUGACUAGUAUUCAACCAAAUGACGAAUGUGCUAAUUUUAGAAACAACUUAGCUUUAGACAUGUUUAAUAGUUGGAGAUAUAAAAAUAGCUAGCUAUUUAGUUAUAAUUCUGUUUGUUUUAUUUCUUAUCAAUUAUGUAUUUUCAGUUCUAAACUCUUGUUCUAUUUGAAAUUGCUAGAGAUUUUUUUUUGACCCUUAA